AGAAGCUGGUGGGAGGAUGGCGAGGAGAGAGAUGUAACCCAGCCCCAUCCGAACAGGGGAGCUGGAAGGUGGCAAUCCAGGAGCCGGAGCAGAGCAAGAUUAUAAAAGGAGGACACAGGCUAGAGCAGAGGGACAGCGCCUGCUCCCAGAGACCUUGCUCCCCAGGCUGGGAAACCUUGGCUUCCUCCCAACUCCUCCUUAACAAGAGCAUCUGAAAACAGCCCAGUGCCUUGCUCCCAGCCAGCAGAAGGGCUCCCCCUCAAAGCAUGCCUGGGACAGCUGGGCCAGGGACGAAUUAAAAGCCCCAGGAUGGUGCUGCGGACAUGUCCUCAUAUCCUCCUUCAGGUAUUUAUCCUCUGGAUUAGCCCCAUCUCGGCUUCCAUCCAGGAUCAAUACUGUGAGAAUUUACCUCCUAUCAGUAACACCACUGGUCUCCAGUGCAACGCAUCAAUAGACCUGAUUGGUACAUGCUGGCCCCGGAGUGCUGUGGGGCAGCUGGUGGCCCGCCCUUGCCCCGAAUACUUCUAUGGAGUCCGAUACAACACCACAAACAACGGGUACAGAGAAUGCCUCAUGAAUGGGAGCUGGGCAGCCCGCGUCAAUUAUUCCCAGUGCCAGGAGAUUCUCGACGAGGAGAGGAAGAGCAAGCUGCAUUACCACAUUGCCGUCAUCAUAAACUACCUGGGACACUGCAUCUCGCUAGGGGCCCUGCUCCUUGCCUUUGUCCUCUUCAUGCGAUUGAGGAGCAUCAGGUGCCUGCGGAACAUCAUCCACUGGAACCUGAUCACAGCCUUCAUCUUACGAAAUGCAACCUGGUUUGUGGUGCAGCUCACCAUGAACCCGACCGUGCAUGAAAGCAACGUGGCCUGGUGCCGCCUGGUCACAGCCGCCUACAAUUACUUCCACGUCACCAACUUCUUCUGGAUGUUCGGCGAGGGCUGCUACCUCCACACGGCCAUUGUGCUCACCUACUCCACCGACAAGCUCCGCAAGUGGAUGUUCAUCUGCAUCGGCUGGUGUAUCCCUUUUCCCAUCAUUAUUGCCUGGGCCCUUGGAAAGCUGUAUUAUGACAAUGAGAAAUGCUGGUUCGGGAAGCGAGCAGGAGUCUAUACCGAUUACAUCUACCAAGGCCCCAUGAUCCUGGUGCUCCUGAUCAACUUCAUCUUCUUAUUCAACAUCGUCCGAAUCCUCAUGACCAAGCUCCGAGCCUCGACCACCUCGGAGACCAUGCAGUACAGGAAAGCAGUGAAGGCCACGCUGGUUCUGCUGCCGUUGCUGGGCAUCACCUACAUGCUGUUCUUUGUGAAUCCAGGGGAAGACGAGAUCUCCCGGAUCGUUUUCAUCUACUUCAACUCCUUCCUGGAAUCUUUCCAGGGCUUCUUUGUCUCCGUCUUCUACUGCUUCCUGAACAGCGAGGUCCGUUCCGCUGUCCGGAAGCGAUGGCACCGGUGGCAGGACAAGCACUCCAUCCGCGCCCGCGUGGCCAGAGCCAUGUCCAUCCCUACGUCGCCGACGCGCGUCAGCUUCCACAGCAUCAAGCAGUCGACAGCUGUCUGAGGGGAGGAAGCUGUCGCACGGGACGGGAGCCAAGGUUUGCAGCAGAGCCUCUGCUGCUUGCACUGCACACGGCGUGUGGGCCGUGUACUUCCAGGAUGGAACCGCAGCCCCACGAGCCCAGCAGAGCCCGGGCGGGGACUGUCCGACACCAAAGAAACCCCUUGCCAGUGUCCGCCCUGGGAGACCAGCUCUCAGAGCCCCUCUUUCUUAUUCUCCCAAGCCCUUGUGAGGCCAGAACCUCCCUUGCCCAGGACUGUGGGGCUGGGCUGUAUCUGGUGGCCUGGCAAGGCCUUCAGCAACUGAGGACAACGGUCCAGUGAGGACUUCACAUUAUCCCAGGGUCAGCUGAGGGCAGAGCAAUUCCCCGAGCGAUGCCGGGUGUGCUGGAGAUAUGGCAGUGUCCAGCAACCGCCCCAAUCCUGACCUAGCAGCAGGUGUAGUGGAAACCCUUGUUGGUCCAGUGAGAGCCCUGGUCCUGCUAGCACUGGUCACAUGGAUGGGAUGUGGCCAGUCUGCGUUCUUGCCUCUUUCCCCAUUCCCAUGCAUGUCACUGCCCCUCUGGGGUAUAAAUUCCUCGCUCUAGUCCAGCGGCUGCACGGCAGGUUGCUUUGGAGCGACUGCCUUCUAAGGUAUCGCGAAAGCCCCGUUUGCGGCACGUGACAAUGGCAUCUCUGGAACAACCCUGUCAGAAGCCACUGCCACCCCAUGGCCUUGCUAACCCGUUCUGGGGGGCCAAGCCUGGGAAAUCCGCUUCCAGGCUCCUGCUGCCAGUGCAGAUGUCCUGAAGAACCUCUGCAAGCUGCGGUGAUGGGGAGGGAUGCCCUGAUGUGUGUUAACCCAGAGGACAGACCAGCUGCUUGGGCCGUGAAUGCAGUUCGCCUGGUGCCAUUUCUGUGCUUUGCCUUAUGCCUCCAUUUUAUUACAACCCUGAGAUUAUUCAUCCCCCCACAUCCAUCCUGCCGCCCUACUCUAAGCAGGAUACCUGGCGAGGUCAUGCGCAGCCCCUGCCAUACAGCCUGCUGCAGCGCUGGGGUCGCCCCGCUGCCCCCCUGCAACCCUAGCAUGCGGUGCCUGGCGAGGCCCCGCGGCAGCCAGGCCUGCACGUCUCUGAGUGAAUUCAGCGUUUGUGAGAGUAGCCUCAGGUUGAGUCUUCACUGCAGCAUUCGCCCCAGUGACCGGCCCUCGCACUCACUCCUCUGGCGUUAGCCCAGCUCGAGAGUGGGCGUGCUAGCUGUGGACAUGUUGUGGUAACGCUAGCAGGACCCCGCCAGGCCAGCCCAUGCCAGCGGAAAGCCCCUCUGCACCCGCGCCAAGGUGGCAAAAGCCAGAGCCUGUAGGGAACAGGGAGAUCAGACGCCAGGGGAGGGAGUGGGUCACUGCCACUCAGUAAAUGAACACUAGGUGAGCAAUGCUAGUGGAGAUACAGCAAGUGGGGGGGGGGUGAGAUGGUUCCUCCCAGAGCAGAAACCUGGCAUGAUAGGGCCAUGGGGUAGGUGUGAAGAAGAGGAAGGCAGCUCCAAUUGAAACCCCAGGAAAACAUUGAAUGGGGAGGGGGUUGGCUUCUGCCCAUGGCAAGACGAGGAUUUGGAGGACACCUGGGUUCACACCUGGAUCCUUGGGAAGAGAGCGUCAAAAGCCACACAAAAAAUCUUUUAACUUCUCCCAAAUACACAUGCACACAUACAUCCUGACCCACAGAUGCACUCUCAUAUGCACACACAUACACUCACAUACUUACAACUCACACACACACACACACAUAAAGCACCUUGGUUUUAUGCCUCAUCAGACAACACAGCUUUGAUGUAUUUAUUUCUAACAUAAGCAAAAUUUGGUCAACUCUGCUGCAUUGUCUACAGGCCGCAAUUCCUGCAGGAUCACUUUCGGGGUGCAGGAGGGGACAUGGGGCUGAGCUUCCCCGUCGUCUCAAGCUGCUCCUCCGGGCUUUCUUCCCAAAGGGUGUACAGCUGAGAUGGAGAACUACAGAAAGCACUGAGGAGAGACCAGUAGGUCGUGGGUGGCGUGUUCUGAAACCUGCAGUUUUACAAUCCAGCUACUUCCACAUAUUUAUGCAUAUUCAUCCAGUAUGCAAAUGAGGAUAUUGAAUCAUUUGCAAAAACCCUUCAGAUUUCUGGAUCUUCGGCCUUGUAUGGCUAUACCCUCUGGUGGGUAGAACUGUGUGGCAAACAUUCCCAGCUGCCCUGAACUGCUUUAGCUGAGAGCCAGGGAACAACUCGUUUGUGGGCAGGGUUUGCUUGUGCCUUCUCUACAGAAAGAUUGCCGAUGACUAACAAAGAAAUGCAAAUCCUGUUUUUCUCAGCCCAUAAACUCAUGGCAGUGACAGUGGAAUUUUUCGAUGAACCAAUUUUUAAUUCCAAAAAUGUCCAUUUUUCUAAACUGUAGUUUUCUCAGGAACGGCUAAGUUACGACUAAUUCCUCAGUUGUUGAAAAGCAAGUUUCGAAGUUCCAAAAAGGUCCCAUUUUGACAUUUUCUGAAUGGUUUUCCAAGUCAAAAGGACUUUUUGUUCAGAAAUUAAAGCUAAUUAGAGUGACAACAUUUUUUUAAAAAUAUGGUUGAAAUUGAAAUAAAUGUUUCAAUCGGCCCGAAGUGAAAUUUAGGAGAGGGAGGUUUGGUGGGGGAGGGGUCAUGAAAAUGUUCUAGAUUUCCACUUUUCAUCCCAACUUGGGACGGGAAAAAUGUUCAAAAUCUGAAAAAUCCAUUUUCUAUCCAGCCCUACAUGACAGAUCUGCACCCAUCUCCUUGUACUGACCUUCCUCCAACGGUCCUUGCUCAGCGCUAUUAAGUUCUACCAGGAGUGCCAGCAUCUCCUCUGAAAUACCCCUCUCAUUCCAUGGCCCUACCUCCAGCUAUGGCCUUGGAGAGACUAUAUCCAGAGCCGGUGUCCACACUUCAAAAAGGAUAUUCAACAACUGGUGAGGGUUUAGAAAGAAACCUAUAAGGUUUAUUCAAGGUCCGCAAAACCUGCCUUCCAGUGACAGUCUAAUGGAGCUCCAUCGGCUUAGUUUAUCUAAGAUGGUUAAGAGGCAAUUUAUUUGAGUAGGGUUCUAUUUUUCAGGGUUUAUUAAUUUCAUUGGGGAGGGGUAUUUUUAGCCAUUUUUGAGUUCUGUGUAGAUGUUCAAAAACUGGGUUAUUUCCAGGGCUUUCCCUUUGGAUAUACACCUCAUACUGUUUCAAACUGCACCAUGUUCAAGUGCAGUAGGGAAACUAGUGCACACCAGCAGGGUCUACAUGGACCAAUUAAUGCACAACACACUAGUGCGCUUUAGAAAUCACAUUCCUGUAGUCUGCAUUGGUGCUCCAUGGAGACAAGCCCAUUCAGAGAUACAAGCCAGUGAGUAGAGAUAUCACCUCUGUAAAACACAGGGCUGGGAAAGGGAUGAAAUCCACAUGAAUUGAGAAAACAUUUCUGGUGUUUACUGGAUAAACACUGGUUUGUUCUGGGGUUCUGUAUCCGGGGUGUUUUAUCAGUGUUUAUCGGUUAAAACCUAAAAUCAGAAGCCCUAUCCAGCCAUACCUAUGCCAAGAGAAUAUAUCAAUUCUAGAGAGCUCUUUUAGGUAGCUGGCAGAGGCAGAACAAAAUCCACCAGCUGGAAGCUGCAGCCAGGAAAGUUCAAAAGGGAAACCAGCUGCACCAAGGGGAAUUAAUUCUUGGAACAGAUCAGCAAGGGGCCUGGCAAAUUCAUCAUCACCGGGAGGCUUUAAAUGGAGAUCAGCCAUCCUACUGUCAAAAUCACAGAGUGAUGUUUUCAGGACUGUGUUAUACAGGAGGUCAGACUAGCUGAUUAUCAGAGUCCUUCUGGUCUUAAAAUCUAUGACACUACAAGGCCAUGCCAUUCAGAGAAGGACAACCGGGGUUGGUAACCCAAUGCUAGCCAGGCAGCAUGUCUCAUUCCAGGAAGUAACACUCUGGGCAGGGGACAGAGUGACCCUGUACCGGGCUUGGUUCUCUCUGAGGUCCUGGCCAAUUCCCCUGAUGGAAUUUUUGUGCUUGUUUGAACUGUCCCAUGUUCCAUACACACGCAUGUCACAUUUGUGUCUGACAGUUUCACAUGGCUGAUGAGCCAGCAGUUCUCACAGCAGAAUAUUUCCUGGAUGGAUGGGUGAAAUUCUGACCCCUGUUAAAGUCAAUGGGUGUUUUGCUAUUGAUUGCACUGGGCCAAGAUUUCAUCAGUGUUCCCACUAUAGAUGAACAAACAGUUCUAAUAGGGGCAAGGAUGGUGCAAUGGUUAAAGGGCAGGAUGGUGUGAUGGUUAAAGAACUGACUAGAAUAGCUUUCUGCUGCUUUAGGAGAUGCAUCAUUCCUGAGGACCCCUGGGUUUUAAUCCCCACUCUGCCACUGACUCACUGUAGGACCUUGGGCAAGUCACUUCACCUUUAUGGGGCUUGGUUUUCUCCACUAUAAAUUGGAACUAAUGAUACUUCCUCAAAAAGGAGUUUUGAGGCUUCACAUUAAUAUGCAUAAAACACUUUGUUAUCCUGGAAUGAAAGGUGCUAGAGGGGAGAAGGAGAAAACACACAACAAAAACCUCCAUCCAACCUUCAGGAUGUUCCCUGAACUGAACUCCACCCAUGACCAGCUGUCACAUGCCCAGAAAUUGCUCCAUGACUCACAGGUCAUUGAAAGGGCCCUAAAUCGAUGCUGAGGGUCAGAAUUACCACGUCCUAACUUGAAGACGUUGCUCUCUCAUUGGGGUGAUUCACUAGCACAUGGUGAUGAUGCAGCAACGUCAUGGCAUCUAAGCCAUAUCACUAACUGAAGACACAGAAGUUUAUAGAUACCAAGGCCAGAAGGGACCACUGUGAUCAUCUAGUCUGAGCUCCUGUACAACACAGGCCUUAGAACUUCCCCAAAAUAAUUCCUAGGUGCUGCAGCAUUGUGGAGAAAUAAGUAGAGCUAGGCAGGACCUGGAUUUUCCAGUUCAAAAGGAAUUCCCCAAUUUCUAAAUUUGGAACAAACAAAAAAAUUGAAUUUUCCUGUGAAAGAGAAAUUCUGGGAGGAAAAAUCACUUUGUGUCCACGGAAAUGUUUCAUGUUGGUAAAAUUAAAACAUUUCAUUUCAAUUUCAACCUUUGGAAACCCUUUCACUUUUUUAAAAAUACAUUUCAUGUCAAAAAUCAUUUCAAACUGAAAAAUCACAGCAGUCCACGCCAAAAAUGUCGAGCUAGGAUAAUAUCAAAUCGCUUCAUUGCGGGAGGUUUUGCGAAACGCGCUGUUGUCAAAUUGACACUUUUUCUCAGCAUUUUGAUAUUGGCAAAAAAUAUUUCAAUAAAAAUGUGGCGCCCAGCUCCAGGAACGAGGCAGUGGCUCGGUACUUUGCCGAUGGCAUGUCAGAGCCAGGAAAGGGACCCAGGAAUGCCUUGUUUCCAGCUGGGUGGGAUUCACUGCACCAGGGCUGCUGUGUAGAACACCUGAUUCAAACGAACCCCUUUACAAUAGACAGAGUUAAACAAUGCUCACCUGCUCCAGGGUGUGAAGGGAUAUGAUAUGGAAAGUGAAAUCCAAAAAGAAUGAAACAAACAAAAGCAGAACCAGGAAUGGCAUUCAUCAGAUUCCAGUGAAACUGAAGCCAACGUGCGAUGCCCAACUUGCUGUCAACCCUACAUCCUGCCAGCUCUCUGCCAGUGCAGUGUGUAAUGGUGCCCCGUGAUUUCACAGCACCUUAGUCAUAUUUUUGCCCUGCAGCCUAACACCUUGUCAAAUAAACUAAACAAACAUUGCCACCCCACAAGCUGUAAAAACGGCUACCUAAACAAACCAUCACCUCCAGCGAUUCCCACUCAUCGGGAUACACUUCAGCAUGGAAAUCCAUCAGCCCUGAAGGACCAGUGCGUUCCCUCCUUGGGUUCCCCUUGUGCAGGCCAAUGCCCUUGGGUGCCCAGGAGAAUGGAUGCAGGAUGGUGCUAGUUUGGAAGACCUCAAGCUGGCUGACUGAUCCUUUUCUCCCUCGCCCUGUAUCAAGCUCCCAGGAGAGCCAGCGCUCUGUGCACGCCAGUGGCCAAUGUGGAGGUGCCUCACCAGGGCCAGUCACCUGCAUAAGGAUUUGACCAGCCUACAGCUUACAUCCCAAUCAGCAAGGCCAUACUAUCGGUGGUACAGCAUUGCCAAUGUUAGCAUGGUGUGCAGAUUUCACUGCUGCCCUCUCUCAGCAAAGGGCAGCAUUUCAGACAGGGAGCUGAAUUGUGACACAGAACUCACAAUCGGCUUCCCACGAGGUCAGUUUGAUUUAUCCAUUGUGUGCUGGAGGGAGAUAUCAAUGGAGCUUCUGCUUCACGGAAGGGAUAUGCCCUGGGGGUGUUUUCAUUGUACAUACGAAAUGAUAACAUAAUUGACUUUAAGAAACCACCCCAAAGUCCUGGGUCGAAGGACAUUUUAAAAGUGGCACGUGUCGUUUUGGUGCAAAGCAAUCUGAUUUUUUUUUUCAAAAAUGACAACAAAAAGCAGCUCUGUGUGGGUGUCACUAUUUACUUCAUCCUCCUGUUAUACGAUUGUUCAGAUGUACACAAUUUGGUUUAAACAUCUGUGUGUUGCCAUGUGUACUCUCAACUCUGUUUGAUUAAAACGGCUUUUAUUUAUUUCA